AUGAAUGCCAACAAGGUAGCUAUUAAUGUGUGCAACGCUUACAGAAAUGAACAUCUGACCAUCAUUUUGUUACUUGGUAUUGUGUACAGCAAAACAACAUUUGAUGUUGUCAAAUUUGGUGCUGUUGGAGAUGGACAAACUGAUGAUUCCGAAGCUUUUGUAAAAGCAUGGAAAGCCUUAUGUGGAGCAGCUGCAGCUGGUGAUGACGUACCAACACUUACUAUACCAGGGAGAAAAACAUUCUUAUUGCAGCCCUCGGAAUUUGAAGGUCCCUGCAAAUCAAAGAGUGUUCAUGUUCAGGUCUCGGGGAAUUUGAUGGCACCCAAAACGCCCGAUGCAUGGAAAGUGUGUCCACCAUAUAGUUGGCUUUCAUUUAGAAAUGUGGACAAUCUCAUACUCGAUGGUUCAGGAAAAAUUGACGGCCAGGGUUCAGCUUGGUGGAGCAAA